AUGGCCGACAUCAACUCAGACGACGACCCGGACUCGGCAGCAAUGGCAGAGGCCAUGGGCUUCACCGGAUUCGGCAUGCAGCGCGCCACCAGGAAGCGCAAGCUCACCCCGCCCGCCCAGACGGGCGCGAACAACGCGCCCCUCGGCAAGCGCCGGCCGCUCAACCUGCCGCAGCCCGUCGUGUCUGGCGGAGGAGGCAACGCCGAGGAGAUUGACCUGGAUGAUGACAACGACGACGAUGACGGAGUGGGGGCUCAGGGCGACGGUGGCGAGGCGGGGGAGGACGUCCAGGCCCAGGCCGGACUCAACGCCCUCAGUUUCACCGACGCGCCGCCUGCGACGGGUCGCCACCAGCUUCCCCCGAAGCCGCAGCAGCAGAACCACCACCACGCAGGCAAGGCGGCGCGACACCCCGGCGGCAGGGCCGGCGGCGGGCCAGGGCAGGUGCCAUGGUGGGAACGGGCGUGGGAUCCGCGGCUCGUGGGCAGGAUGAUCGAGAACCCGUGGGAGCGGCUGGAGAGGCAGCGUGGGCUCGGGGCCCGGGGCACUUGGCCGACAGCGAGGGUCUCACGCGCGGGUGGUGAUGGUGAUGAUGCGGCUGCGGCGCCUGCUGGGGUUGGAGGUGGACCGUCUGGGAUUGGUGGUGCUAUGGGCUCGCUUGGGGGGAGUGAGCAGGCUGCCCAGGCGACGGUGUCAUGA